UUUGUUAUUGUUUUAAAUAUAAACUCACUUAAUUUUCAUACAUUUUGCAGAAAACAAGACUUUGUAUCUUAUGUCAUUUUGUGUCUAUAAAUGUACUGAUAUUUUUACUUGUAAAACAAGAUGAUCACAAUUUUCGCAGUGAACAAUUAAAUGUGAUCACAAGGCCAUCCAACUGUCAUCGGCAAUGUGACAGUGUGACCCUUUCCUGUAAAUCAGAAUCAUUAUGUAAGCAUCAACACAAGCAUUCAUGCAGAAACACUCACGCUGACCAAAAAAAAACAGGACCAAAUCCGUUUUUACUCCUUAGCCGAAAGAAAAGUUUAGGUUCAGAGAAGUUUAUCAGUUAAAGCAGCUUCAGAAAGAUGGGUUCGAAAGACAAACUACUGUACUGUUCCUUUCAUCACACACACACAAACACACACACACACACACAGAAGUGACUCUAGGUGUUCUCCUCCUCUCUCAAGCACUCCUAAUUGGCCACAUGCUGAGUAAUGUGACCAAUGAGUUUCAGGGCCGGCUCUCUUCAUUGAAUGUGUGUGUUUGUUGGAGUUCAUCAGUGCGUCUGACUCUUUUGGUGUCUCCUACAGAAGGAUCUGGAUCGGUUUUACACUCCGGCCGAGUAUCUAUAGUACCUCAUGUUCUAGAUCUCACUUGAAAGUUUCACGCUUCGUCAAAAAACACUGAGGAAUCUCUAAUAAACCCCAAAGAGAGAAAUUUGAACUAAACAGCAGGUGCCAGCCACUCGCAAACUUUAAAUCACCAUGACAAGCACCACCAGUGAACAAAAAGCUGCCUCCUGCCCCCUGAUGGCCAAACCACACUGUCAGCGGCUGGUCAGCAAGGAUGGCCGGAGUCUGAUGCGAGGCAGUGCCCCGGGCUCCAGAGAGACAUGGUUCGGGGCCCUGCGGGACAUGUGGGGGACGUGGCUGGCGCUGCGGUGGCGAUGGGUGGUGCUGGCGUUCUGCGGUUCAUUCCUGCUUCACUGGCUGCUGUUCGCAGUGUUGUGGUAUCUGCUGGCCCGUGUCAACGGAGACCUGGAGGUGCCUGAUCAUGACUCUCCACCGCCUGGUCAUGUGCUGUGUGUCAAACACGUGACGGGCUUCACCGCCGCCUUCUCUUUCGCCCUUGAGACGCAGCUGACCAUCGGGUAUGGCACCAUGUACCCCAACGCUGACUGUCCGACCGCCAUAGCGCUGCUCGCCCUUCAGAUGCUGCUGGGACUCAUGCUGGAGGCCUUCAUCACCGGUGCAUUUGUGGCUAAAUUCUCCCGCUCUCAAAAGCGCUGCGGUGGGAUCCUGUUCAGUCCUCAGGCUGUAGUGUGUGAGGUCAGAGGUCAGCGUUGCCUGAUGUUCCGCGUCUGUAACCUGCUUCCACGGCCGCUGGUGGACGUGUGCGUGAGCGCUGUUCUCUACGAAGAACGUGACGAUCACGAACUCCACCAAACAGCGAUGGAAUUCAGCGUCGAUAACCUGGGGCCACGACCUUGCCCUCUUUUCCUUUCACCUCUGUCCUUUUAUCACCCUCUAACUCCAUCCAGCCCUCUAAACAACGCCCCAAGCACCAAACACUUUGAGCUGGUGGUGUUCCUCACCGCUUCUCAGGAGAGCACAGGCUCUGGAUACCAUAAGAGGACAUCCUACCUGCACGACGAGAUCCUGUACGGCAGCUGCUUCACCAAGGUGACGUCUCGGUACGGCAAAGGCCGGAGCAAAGCCGAAAGCAUGCGCUAUUUUGACACGCAGCCCUGUCCGCUCACAUUCCCAAACACAGACACCGGCGACGCACUGGAGAAAGAGCACGUGGUGGUCCAGGUCAACGGAGAAGGCAGUGACCGGGUGGAGUAGCAAUGCUUAAUUUUUACGCAAGGGUGUAUGAUUUCAUAAGAAUUCUUUACUCAUGAAAAGGGCAUUUAAUUUCACAACACAACCUCAAGUUCAUGACUUUUUAUCCCAGAAGACAAUCGCAGUUAGUUAUGAUCUGAUAUGUCAACCCGUCCUGUCAGAAACACAUCAAAACCAUUUUUGCUGCUACGGACACAUUUGUGUUUUCCAGAGCAACACAGAUGAGUGACAGCUGCUUAAGAUCUUAUUGGCAAUAAGAGGAAUCUCCAAUAAUUCUUAGUAACCAUCUUCACCCUGAAUCCAGUGACACCAUAAAAACACCAAUUUGAGCCCUUAUUUAUUCGGCGACCGGACAAUGUCAUUGCGGAAUCUGUAAUAUAUGUAUCUGAGCAAGAAAGGCCUGUUUUCAAAAUAUAAAUUAUAAAAGCGCUACUCACAUAGCUGGGUAGAUUACUUACAAAACGUAGUCCGUUACUGAUUACAAAUUACACAAUGGAAAUGAUAGUUUGUAAUGUAAUCUAUUGGAUUACACAUAUCAGAUAAUGUAUUCAGAUUACUUUUAGAUUACUUUUGACCUAAAAUAUAUUCCA